GCUCAGCGUUUCCUCUAGAGAGAGUACCACUCGUGUGGAUUUCCUCAUCAGUUGGAGGUAGUCUGAGCUGUGAGUGCUGGGUGUGGAUCGUGGUGUAAACUGAUUUUAACAUGAGCAGAAGCUCGCACUUUUGCAAAGAAGGGAAAUAACCGACAGGUGCGGAGAUGAGAAGGAAACGCUUGCAGAUGAUAGCAUUACUUCUGACAGGUGUUGUGUGCCUGGUCAUUAUCGUGAACAAAAACGACUCAGAAAAUGACGUGACGCUACAAAACGAAGACUUAUACAAGGUGUUCCAUCAACAAACCGAUUUGCCCAGCUUUGAAACUCCCCAGCCUUCAUCUUCACAUUGUAAUCCUAAUAUAUCUGCUUAUAAUGUGAGUGGAUUUUCUGAUCUGCCAAAUCAUAUCCAAGAUUUUCUGCUUUACCGACACUGUAGGAGUUUCCCCAUGCUUCUUGAUGUGCCUAAUAAGUGUGGCGGACCCCAAAACUCUGCAGAUGUUUACCUCCUGCUGGUCAUCAAGAGUUCUCCAGAGAAUUAUGAUCGACGAGAAGUUUUGCGCAAAACAUGGGCAAAGGAAAGAUUGCACAAAGGCGUGCGGAUCCGUAGAGUCUUCAUAACCGGAACGAGUAAAACUGGCUUCGAAAAGAACAGGUUGAACACACUAUUGAAGCUGGAGAACAGUGAGAACCAGGACGUUUUACAAUGGGACUUCAAUGACUCUUUCUUCAACCUCACACUGAAGCAGAUUCUUUUCUUAGAGUGGAUGGAAAGAUGGUGCCCGAAUGUCAGAUUUCUUUUAAAUGGAGACGAUGACAUCUUUGCCAAUACGUUUAACAUGGUUGAGUAUGUUCAAGGUCAGAAGGACAAUGAUGGAAGUAAACAUCUCUUCGCUGGGCACCUCAUCCAGAAUGUUGGCCCUAUCAGACAACAAUCAAGCAAAUACUUUGUCCCAGUGCAAGUGCAGGAGUCUGAAAGGUAUCCUCCAUAUUGUGGUGGAGGAGGCUUUCUUCUCUCGGGCUUCACGGCCAAAACGAUCUACGAGAUGUCUCACUCUAUUGAUCUGCUGCCCAUUGAUGAUGUUUACAUGGGAAUGUGUUUGGAAAAAGCUGGCCUCAAACCUGUAUCCCACUUUGGCGUUAGGACCGCUGGUCUGCAUGUCCCAUCUAUGAAUGUGGACAAAUUUCACCCUUGUUUUUACAGAGAAAUCAUUUUAGUCCACAGAUUUCUGCCGCACAUGAUUUUUGUGAUGUGGAAUGAGAUACAAAACCCAUAUUUGCAAUGCGGAAGGAUGAAUUCCACGUUCAAAAUCUGAACUGGGUGUUUCAUUACUUUUAAAAGGAAACAUAAUAUCUUGCUGGAGUCAAUUCAAUUAAGUUUUUUUUUUAAAUAAUGAGCUCUUUAAGAUUCCUUUUUUAAACAUGGUGAAAAGUUCUGAAACAUGGUGUAGUUUAGUAAGAUUAUUGCCUCAUGAAAAGUAUGUGGUCUAUUGCACUUUAAGUGGGAAGGGUGGUUGACUCCUUUCUCAUCGAUGGUAGUUAUAGUCCUUGUGAUCAUUAUGCUUAUUUUUAAACAAUGUCAAAGUGCUUCUCUGUUUACUGUAAAAAAACAAACAUUUUAAUUUUAAGGCAAUCAGCUUCAGCAGUUUUCUUAACUUAUUUGUGUAAGUAUUUUCUCAACUUUUGUUUUACAAACUUAAAACAGGAAGUUGAGAAAACUGCUGAAGCUACUUUUACAUUUUACGUUGGCUCAACUUUUUUGAAAAGUAGAUAUAGAAACAUCUAUAUUUUUAAAGUCUAAUUUUAUUAGGGGAAUUAAGCAGAAUCUCAGGAAAAAAGUACCUUUCCAAAAGGAAUGCUUUUGUGCUUCAUUUACCCAAAAAAUGUGGAUAUUAGUAACUAAUUAACAACAUUUGUAGCUAGGGCUGGGCAAUAUAUCACACAAUAUAUUGAUGCGCAUCUUGUCAGUAAAUCACAGUUCUUUGAUUAGCAGUAAAUCAGCUGUUGUCAAAUGGAGCAGAUGUUAAUACACAGAGCCAUAAAUCACUGACUAGCUACGCAAAGCUUGUCAGUGAUCUAUGGCUCUGCGUAUCAAAUGCCUCUCCAUUUGAAAACAGCCGAUGGAGAUUUACCGUUAACCAAAGAACCACUUUACUGACGAGAUGCGCGUUAAUAUAUUGUGCAAUUUAUUGCCCAGCAAUAUUUUUAAGCCUUUUUUUGUCUAAGAUUGUGUAAUAUAUAAGAAAAUAGCAGGAUUCCAUAUAUAAAAUGACUGCUGAAAAAAAGCUGUUUUUUACAUCUAAAGAGGAGUGUAUUAUGAAGUACAGUGCUUUGUGACAAAAUACAAAUAAUUCCAGCAGGGCUGGCCCAAGUUUUUAUGGAGGCCUAAGCCGGACCCAUCAAUGUCUAAAAUAGCCUAAAAGCUUGUUUGUUCAUACAAAUCUAACACACCCAUGGUCAGUUUUGUUUGUUGUAGUAUCAUACUAUUGUUAGCCUGUUAUAUUUUUACUCUUCUGUAAUUUGUAUAACACAAUUGUAAACAAGUGUGGUCAAGUGUUAAUUUGCACUAAAUGUUAUACUUUUGGUGUACUGAAAAGUAUAUAUUUUUAUACAGCCCUGUUGCUACCAAUAGAGUUCAGUGGAAAUAACAACAACGACUAUAGUUAGCUAACGAUGGUUUUGAGAAAAAUUACCCCUAAUUAAUUUGUCCCUCUCCACCCCCAAAACGCGACCAAUUUAACCCUUUUGACGGCAUGCUUUGUCUGACGCUGAGCCAGAGAAAGCUCCAAAAAAAAGACGCGGAAACAACAAAAUAAUAAAAUGACAUGUUCAGAUUAUUUAAUGAUUUAAUAUUAAUCUUUCAUAUAACUACCAUUUCCCUUUGACAAAAUAGUCAUUUCAUACAGGCUACUCUUGGGGGCCCUAAGUAGCUGCUUAGUUCGCUUAUGCCUUGGGCUGGCUCUGGUUUUAUGAUAUGUCUGCUUUCAUAGAAUAUUUAUUUGAAAAAUAUGUUACUUAGGAAAAUGAAUGCUCUUACUUUGAUACGAUACAUUUCUUACUGUCAGCACUCCAAAAACAUAACAACAGUACACGCAUGCUGUAUGUGAGAGCCAUAUCUGUAUCAUUUGAUUUGAGUUGAAUCUUGUUUGUUUCAGUUCUUUUGAAUCAAAAGAAUGUUUCGCAAAGAGCACUCUGUUAUUACAUUUGCAAAGCACAAAACUGAAUUGCAACUGGAAAGCACACUGGACUAUAUGUUCAUGUAAAUUUCUAUGUCAGAUGUAAAUUAUUUGAUAACUUGUGUUUUUAACUUUUUUCACAUUGUGAAAUGAAAUUGCGAUACAGUUUGACAGAGCUUCAAAAGUCUGUGUGUUCGGUCUUUUCCUUGCGUUUCUUCACUUAUCACUUAUAUUUAUUAAUCUUUUGCUUUUCCAAUUCCUAAUUCUGACCCUUCGCAUAAUUUUAUCUGACUCCAAUCUUUCGUGAUUUUAGAUAUAUUUAAGUGUAACUGCUGAUCCCUCUAGUUGUGAUUAAAUUUGGAUCAUUUUUACUAUAAUAAAUUUUAUAUACUUUUUUUAAUACUUCCUAGCUUCAACUUAUCGUUCGUUAGGAGUCUGGGUCGCUUAGAGACCUUGUUUGGCCAGAACAGACUCACGACACAUCUGGGCUAGUCCAGGUUUUAGUCAGCAGCUAGCCCAUAGAUCGCUUACUUUAAUGCAGCCAUUUCCGCAAUAGGCUCAAAAAGAGUAAUUUUUUAUGCAUUCCCAAAGUUAUAGCAUGCUAAGCCAGUUUGGUGGCCAGAAAUCAAGAUCUCAAAAACUGGCCUCCGGCUCCGUCCAUUGAUCAUUGACCUGACUCACCCUAGCACUCCAACAAUGCAGAAAAACACAGAAGUCACUAACCUACUAGAAUAAUGAUUUCAGACAAUAUUAUAAGUUAACCAAGAUUAACGUUUAUUUUGCCAGGCAAGAAUAUGUUCCAAAUUGGUUUAAUUUGUAAACAUUUGCACAACUGAUCUGAGUUUUUAUGUUAAAGCUUUUUUGCAACAUUUAUUUAUUACUGUUAGUAUCUUGAGCAAGCUAUUGCAGCUGUAACUGCUAGCAUCUUGAGCAAGUGUGUUACCUAUUAACUCACUACUGUUACUGUACACAACUUUGGGAAAAGGAAACUCAUGAUGCUAGACGAAAAAAAAGAAGUUACUGAGAAAAGUUAGAAAAAAAGCAAGGCAUGAUGCAUUCAGAUUUUUCUGUUCUCUCAGUCGUCUUCUUAAAUUGUACAAAGUAACACUACUUUGUUUGUUCACUGCUAAAUGCGAAAUGCAUCAUUGAGCCAAUAAAUUUGUUCAAACUCA